UCAAACACCCUCAGAUCAGCACGACCCCCAGCUCUGUUCUCAUGGAAAUCAGACCCUGCCUCCCGGCCACACUUUCUGCAGAGAUGCAAAGUUGAGGCGCAUUCCCAGCCGGGACAACCUUUGAUUAUGACGUCUUGGAGGAGCUGAUCAUUUCAUAUAACCAUUUGUGUUUCUCUUUUGCACCGCUCACUUUCUCUCCUCUCCAACAUGCGGGAUCUGGCGCAGCGCCUUGUUUUCUGCGCGCUGCUCGGCUCUCUUUACGCUUCGUGUCCCCCGCGCUGCGAGUGCUCCGAGGCGGCUCACACCGUGAAGUGCGUCUCCAGAGAGCUGCGGGCUGUACCGGCCGGGAUCCCCGGUUACACCCGGAAUCUGUUCAUCACCGGGAACCAUAUCGGCCGUAUCGGCCCGGAGUGUUUCAAAGGGCUGGACAAUGUGACGACCCUUUCUCUGAGCAACAACAGAAUAUCCGAGGUGGAUUCCAACACGUUUUCGGGGCUGCGCAGCCUCCGCUCUCUGGACCUGAGCAACAACCAGCUGGCGAUCAUCCACCCCGAAGCCUUCAUGGUGCAGAACCACUCCCUGCUGGAUCUGAACCUGAGCCGGGCCCUUUACAACCACUCCUCGGUGAUGGACCUGGCCACCUCUCUGCGCUGGGGCUCCCUGGGCGCCCUGAGGAGUCUGGACCUCUCCCACAACGGCCUCAUCUUCCUCCCCUCGCACAUUUUCUCCCACCUCACCAGCCUCCAGCGCCUCCUGCUCUCCAACAACUCCCUCGUAGCGAUCCACAACUCCUCAUUCACCGGUUUGGAGCGCCUGGAGGUGCUCGACUUGACGCUAAACUCCCUGAAGGCGGUGCCGGAGGAGGGCCUUCGAGAGCUGGACUCCCUGCCCAGAGCGGACCUCCUGCUGGGGGAAAACCCCUUCACAUGCACGUGUGGAAUCGAGUCUUUUGCUCUGUGGCUGAACAGAUCUCAGGGACGCAUUAGUGAUGCUGAGAGCCUCGUGUGUGCAUACCCAACGGGCAUGAGGAACACAUCCAUGCUCUCCGUGGUUACGUUAACUCUGGGGUGCCAUCAGAGCGGGGCAGGGGCUGACCUCGCUCUGCAGACCUCUUACGUCUUCUUGGGUAUAGUCCUGGGCUUCGUUGGUCUCAUUUUUCUUUUUGUACUUUACCUGAACCGCAAGGGCAUCAAGAAGCGCAUCAACGACCUGCGGGACGCCUGCAGGGAGGUGUGGGAGGGGUACCAUUACCGCUUCGAGAUCGACUCCGACCCCCGGCUGUCGCAGGUCUGCACCAGCGCCGACAUAUAAAAAGGACGGUCACCUCUGUGGUGCAGUUUUUGUAUGAAACUGAUUAUUUUCUAAUGCGUUUAUCAGUAUCGGAAUGUAAAAAGUGUACAGAUUUGUCUGUAAAUAUAUACAUAGUGUUGUUGAUACAGUAUGUCAGCCUUGUUGAAAGCAUGCACUGCCCAUAUUAUAAAACUAAUGUGAUCUUUUAAUACAGAAUGGGCCUCAUGCAGCAAGAGCUCUUUCAUAUUUUUCCCUAAUUUGUGAACUCCAGAUGCCCCAGGCGUUCCUAACCUUUGUCUUAUGAAAGAUAAAUCCCACUUGGUCCAAAAUUGGUGGCUAAUUGUUCAUUUCAGCAAAGGUAACAUGCCCUAAGCAUUAAUGAGGUCAGGUGCUGUGCCGUGUGCAAAUACUCUGGCAUAUGCCUCAUAAGUCUUUCAGUUAAAUUCAGCAAAAGUGAAAUUGAGAUACCUUUUAAAGGAACUUCAACACAUUUUACUGUGAUUCUCCAGAGUGUUGUACUGGGGUUUUAGGAAAAUCCAAAAGCAUCUAAGAGCUGAACGCAUGCCAUGGUUCUCUGUUUAAAUCGUAUUAUGCCUGAUUCAUCAAAGUCUACUUGUAUUGAAAAAACAUUUAUAGACUGUCAAAACAAAAUGCUUUUUAUCCUAUCUUGGCAAAUAUGUUCUUGGCCACUUGUAAAAUGUUCUCUUAUCCAAGAAAAGAGCAAACAUUGUGGACACAAACAACAAUAAGAGGAAUAUUCUUCUCAUCUGGCUCUCUGCAUGAGGCCUGUUUGAUUGUGCUUCAAAGGGACAUGAGUGUCGUACAGGGACUUCAGUGUUUGACAUUUCUUUGUAUUCAUACCCGCACAAAAGCAAGAGCAAGUGCCUAAAGUCAGCUGAGUAUUGUUCCCUAACCCUCAAGGUGAUCUGAACUCUCUUUCAUUCAUUACUCUGUCACAUCUUAGCUUGUUAUAGCUGCAAUAAAACCCUGACACUACAAAAACAAACCUCUGGGAAUUGAAGGCACAGUCACUCAUUCAUCUUUGAACCAUUUCAAGCCCUUUGGUCCGUGCGUCCUUCAGCCCCCAGGGUGCCACGGAGGAAUUAAGCCUCCAAAGCUUUCCUAAAAUCACCUCUCUACUCCUCUGUGGGAAUCGGAAGGGAAGGGAAGGGGAGGGGGAGCCAAUUCAUUGCAGGCCAGCGGAAAUCUCCUAGCCCCCUCGUUUUUUUCCCUCCCUCUCUCUCUCUCUCUCUCUGAACCAUUGCUUUGUUUCAACUCCUUGAGUUUUAUUGUCAAAAUGAUGAGAACCAGUCCUGGGCUGAGGCCGCUGAAAGCAAUCUCCCCUCCCUCCUUAAAGACAACAGCCGCUCUGGAGGCUCUUUGAAAGAAAAGUCUCCACGUUUUUCUGUUUAGGGACUUUUUUUUUCUUCCAAUGAUAAGACACAGAUGAUUCUGAAACACCAGCUACAUUGUUUCAUUCAGCAGUUUGCUCAGAACAUACUUUGGUUUUCCACCAUCAGCUUUUAUACCAAUGGAAAAUGUACUUUUAGUGGAAGAGCAAUUCCUUAGAAUAACAAGAAUGUCAAUAAAUGUAUUCUCAGUCGAAUCCUUAGCCUUACACUUUGCAUGCAUGUCUACAUUUUAAUUAUAAUCUCGCAUGAAUCCCAGGAUUUUCUCACAUUCUCUGUGGCCUUAUGAUGCUACAAAGUGAGACAAACACAGACGGAGAGAAGGGUUGGCAGGCGGCCAUUCCUCAAAGUGUUUAUUGCCCAAAUUGAGAGCUAUCUAUAGGUAUCUGCAACAGAGUAAACAGCCUCCCAUUAUUCAAAGCCAAAGUAGCAUCUUCAUCCUUUCAAGAUGUUCUGCAAACUCCUCUGAUAACCAUCCAGAAAUGUUUAUCAAAUGGAGAUUUUCCUGCAUGUGUAAUGACAAAAUAAAGCUUAAGAAAGUCA